GCGGGCCUCGCCGGUGUAGUCCGCUUCCUGCUUCUUCUGCCCUGGUUUUCGCCCGAUCAGCUACAAUCAGCGGCCCCCUCUCAUCCGACGACAGACACCAUGUCACACCAGACGGGCAUUCAAGCGGGUAACGAUGUGAAAGAAAUCUUUGCCAGUGCCAGGAGUGGAGACCAAUAUCGAGUCUUAAAGAUCAUCCUCGAGAGCGAGCAACUGACUGUGGGCGCCACUAGGAAAGCAUCAAAGAAAUGGGACCAGGAGUAUGAUUCCUUAGUGCUGCCGCUCCUCGACACAGCCACGCCCUGCUACAUUCUGUACCGGCUGGACUCCUCUAACAACCAGGGCUACGAGUGGAUCUUCCUGGCCUGGUCACCCGAGGAAUCCACUGUGCGAAAUAAAAUGUUAUAUGCUGCUACAAGAGCCACACUGAAGAAGGAGUUUGGAGGCGGCCACAUCAAGGAUGAGAUUUUCGCUACCUUAAUGGAUGAAUUGAAUCUAAGUGGAUACAGGAAAUAUCUGACCGCGCAGGCGGCUCCCCUGCCCCUCACUGCAGCAGAGGAGGAACUGAGACAGAUUAAGCUCAGCGAGGUGCAGACGGACAUCAGUGUGGACACCAAGCAGCAGACACUGCAGGGAGUGGCUUUCCCAAUUCACAAAGACGCCAUGGCAGCACUUGAACGUUUCAGAGACAAGAGAAUCAACUAUGUGCAGCUGCAAGUAGACGCUGAACAGGAGCUGAUUCGGUUGAGCAACACUGAGCCGACAGAGGUGAAGGACCUGCCAAUGAGAAUCCCUAAAGAUGCUGCACGGUACCACUUCUUCCUCUACAAACAUUCCCACGAAGGCGACUACUUAGAGUCCACAGUCUUCAUUUAUUCUAUGCCCGGGUACAAGUGUAGCAUCCGAGAGAGGAUGCUGUAUUCCAGCUGCAAAAAUCCUUUGGUUGACAUGGUGGAAAAUAAUCUUCAGAUUGAGAUUGAGAAAAAGUUGGAGAUUGAUAACGGUGACGAAGUGACCAGUGACUUCCUGUAUGAGGAGGUGCACCCCAAGCAGCAUGCACACAAGCAGGCCUUCGCCAAGCCCAGGGGCCCCGCGGGGAAGAGGGGCUACCGCCGCAUCACCCGACCACCUGCAGAGGGAGAGGAGGAAGAUUAAACAGACCAGCACCACCUCCACCUCCAGCACGUUCCACAGUGGAACAUUCCUGUGAUUGGGGGGGGGCAUAUUUGACACGCUUGUUUAAAAGAAUAAGACGACAACCUCAAACUCCCACAUGUCACCCAGAGACCCAACUAUGCACACCAAGGACAACUGAGCAAUGUCACACUUCAGAAGUUCCAUUUGUAGCUUGCCAAAUGGAAGCAUAUUUAUGUUAUGUUAGCACACUCACAAAAAAUGAAUUGACAAAGAUUCAAAUAGGCCCCGAACAAGCGAAACUUGAGGUUUUUACAUUGUUGCCAGCUCUGAGACUCAGAAAAUAUUAGUGCGACUGUGAACUUGCGCCAAUACGCCGAAAAUUCCCCCGUUUUGAGUUCACGCGCUCAAAUUCUUAACUUGCAUUCCUUCAGUCUGUGUCGAUUUACGUCUCCAUGUUUAAUGUGUUUCUACAUUUGUCUCAUUUUCACAAUGAGGUGCUCCAAAGCAGAGAAGAUAUAAUUAUCCCACUUAUGUCUGUUGAUUCAUUUUAACAGUGCAUUUUAUAUUGGAAAAUUGACUUCUUUUUUUGAUAUAACUGUGGUUUACAUGAAAAAAAAAAUCAUCUGCUGAGAAACUUAUUUUUCUAUGCAAGUGCUGUAAAUGUACAUACUGUAGCUGUGUGAUGCUCUAUGAUUAAGAAACAGUCUGGUCUGUACCAGUGAUUGUCAGUGCUGGUGAGGAUCACAGUGGAAGGAACAGGGGCUUCCAGAAAUAUUCCAUCAAUACAUCUCAGAUUUCACCGAGAGGAAGCGUCACAGACUUUGCUGCGUCCCAUGAAAGAGGGAAAGCAAAGUGAGUACCUUGAUCAACAUGUUGCCACAUCCACUGGUCUGCUGAUUAAUAUUAGGCAAACUACUAAGCUCACCUCAUGUUUAAAGGGAAAAUCCCUUUAUAUUCUUAGUGUCGUUAGAAUAGAACAAGAAGAAAAAAAAAUCAUGUUUGGUCUUAUUUGUUUUCUUACAAAUCUUUCUUUUAAAAGACGAAGAAUUAAAAAAAAUAUUUAAAUCACAAAA